AACCUCAACGCAGAAGAAGUGGAGUCCAGACUUGAGAAAGGUGUCAACAUGGCGGCGGUGGACGUCGUUGUGGGCAACUUGGUGACUCUUUGGAGGAUACCAGCCGUCCGACAGAAAUUCCCUUGGAUGUUUUUGCUUAUUUCAGUCGUGGGUUCGAUUCUCAAAGAGCUCCAAGUCAUCCCGCAGACGUAUUUCAGCAGCAGCAGAAAUGUCCUGAAUGUGUAUUUCGUCAAAGUGUCGUGGGGUUGGACUCUACUGCUUCUGACUCCCUUCCUCCUCCUCUCCAACACCGCCUUCAGCAGGAAUGCGGUCUUCCUCGCUCGAAGGCUCCUGUCUCUGGCGGUGGCGACGACAGUGUGGUACGUUUGCACCGAGACCUUCUUUUACAUCGAGGACGUGACCGGCUCGUGUUUUAAAACGGACUCCAUGGACAUUGUCAGCCAAGAGUUCACCACCAAAGCCACGUGCAGGCGUGCUGGCUUCCACUGGCAUGGCUACGACAUCUCCGGCCACUCCUUCAUCCUGACUUAUUCUGCUCUCUUUAUCGUGGAGGAAACCGCACCGAUGGCCUCCCUGAGGACGGGGAGUCUCUCAACGCUUCCAAGGAUAGUUCUGAACCUUCUGUAUGUGUCACUAAACCUUAUAGUAAUUAUAUGGCUGUGGAUGUUUAUCUGCACGUCUGUUUACUUCCAUGACUUGUCUCACAAGGUGCUGGGUACCGUUUGUGGGUUGUUGGCAUGGUAUCUGACAUAUCGGCUUUGGUAUCUCCAUCCUUUGUCUCCAGGACUCCCUCCUCAGCGUUAUAUGAAAGAACAGACCCAACGUACCUAGGCUGCAUUCCUGCUAUGCUUCAUGUCGCCUACAUUUACAGCGGGCACACUCUUUUAAGGUAUUAUCCUCGAGUAGGGAGGAUCACUCAACACACGACUUUUUCAGCUGCUGUUCCCAAAACGACUGAUGUGGUUUGAGAGCAGAGGUUUACAAGUCCACUUGGACAUCACUGACAAAAGUGUUGUUUCCAGACCAAUGUACACUAGCUCCUUUUUUUUAAUAUAAAUGACAUCCUUUUUAAAAGGAUUUUCAUCAGCAUCAAUAUGACACUAUUUAUUUGUGUCCGUUUGACACAUUCAAAGCUUGAACAGACUGACAUGGUUGCUUGUUUGCUGCCUUGCAUGUGAGGAUAACAUGUAAUAAAAUGUUUUUAUGCCA